AUGUCGCUUUGGCGGGGAGGGGGCUCCGCUGGGGCGACGUUAAGGUCCGAUGCCUUCGCCGCUUGGUGCGAGCCUCGGGGGGUGAUUUGGGGCAUCGCUCCGUCUGGACGCCGGGUUAUGGAGACUGGAACUCUGGGACGAACCGAGGCAAGUUACGAGGGGUACGGUUACGGCUAUGGAUACGGCCAGGAUAACUCGGGUAAUUACGGGUACGGCAUGGCCGCGUCGAACUCCUGGGAAAUGGGCAACUCGGACAUGGACAUGAACCCCGACGGCUCGGGCGGCGGCAACGCCGACAUGGGGAAAAUGAGCCAGCGCCUGGACAUGGUGUCGCACAUGGAUGCGGACGCGAUGCAGGGAGGGCACUACGGAUCUGGCGGAGACAGGUACGACUCGUACGAGUCCUACGACUCGAGGUCUUCGAUGAACGACCGCGACAUGUACCGCUCCGGCUACGACUACAACGAGCCCGAACACGACAACGAUAACGCCUACGAAGGUCACUACGACAACUUCUACGGGAACCGGCGGGAUCAGUACCAGAACAGAGCACGGGAUAACUUUGGCCAGCGGGGUCAGAAUUGGGGUAGAGACGGACGCAAUAACAGACCCUCCUAUCCCGGGCGCAUGGGCGGACAGUGGAACGAGCCUCCGCAGUCGAUGGGAUCCCGAGGUCUGGGGCCCCAUGGCUCCUCCAGGCUCCCUUCCCUCUUCUCCCACAACAUCAUCCCGGAACUCGGCAUGUUCCAGGGAAUGCGAGGUUUCUCGGGAAAUAUGCGUUACGGAGGAGGAAUGAUGAAACAACGGAUGAGGAGAAACUGGAAAAUGUGGGACUCGGAUUUUAAACCCCAGAAAAAGAAGAUCAAAAAAGAUCUCACCACGAAGAAGCGGAAGCAAACGAACAGCUCCGACGAACCCGACAGCAAGGCAGCGAAGACGGACGGCUCCGAUAACUCCGACUCGGACAACGAGGAGGGAACGGAAGGAGAAUCGGGAGAAAAAGAGGAGAAAGAGGGCUCCAGGGGCGAAGGGGAAGAUGAAGAAGGAAAAGAUUCGGAGAAAGGUGCUUUAACGAUUCAAGAAGAGAUCAGUCAAAUCAAACGCAAAUUGCAGGCGGGCAAGAAAACUCAAGAGAGGCAAAAGAAGAGGCAUCGGGAUCGCAUGGUGGAAAGGAUCCAGUUCGUCUGUUCGUUAUGCAAAUACCGGACUUUCUACGACGACGAGAUGAACAGUCACCUGGAGAGUAAAUUCCAUAAGGAGCACUUCAAGUUUGUUGGAACCAAGUUGCCUCAACAAACGGCUGAUUUUCUCCAGGAAUACGUCGCGAAUAAAACCAGGAAAACUGAAGAAAAUCCAGAACACAUCACCGAUCCCCGGGUUAUUUUCCACUCAAUACCAUUCUCUUCCCUUUCAGACGUCGGCAUGGAGCAUUUUAUUAAAAAGGUGGAGGCGGCUCACUGCGCUGCCUGUGACCUCUUCAUCCCGAUGCAGUACGGCAUCAUCCAGAAACACUUGAAGUCGCUCGACCACAACCACAACCGCCGGGCGAUGAUGGAGCAGUCCAAGAAAUCAUCGCUAGUCGUUGCGAGGAGUAUUCUCAACAACAAACUCAUCAGUAAGAAACUGGAGCGGUACCUGAAGGGUGAGAAUCCUUUCACGGAUGAUCCAGAAGAGAAGGAGGAGCAUGAGGAAGGAGAAGGGGGAGCCAGCGGAAAUGCAGAGGAAGGAACAGCAGAAGGAGCAGAUGAGAACAAGGAUGAGGAGGAAAAUGCGGAAGAAGACAACCCGGAGGAGGAAAACCCAGAAGAAAAUCCAGAGGAGGAAAAUCUGGAAGAGGAAAAUCCAGAGGAAGAAGGAAAUCCAGAGGAGCAAAAUCGAGAUGAGGAAAAAAAGGAUCCCGAAGAGAACCCGGAAGGAGCUGAAAACGAGGGAGAGCGAGAAGAGACAGAGACGGAAAUGGAGGCACAACCACAAGCACAAACAGCGGUGGAGCCGGCGGCAGAGAACGCGGAGGAGCAGCCAUCCCCGCCCGCAGAGGAAUCCCUCGCCGAGGAAGAAGAGCCGCAGCUGGUAGAAGAUGAGGAGGAGGAAGAAAGCGAGGAAGCUGCUGCAGCACAAGAGGAUGAGGAUGUGGAGUAA